UUGUUUGCCGCUCUGAUAGUGGCAUGUAAUGCUGCGAAAUUAGACCUUACAUAUUUGCCUCCUGCAUCUGCUGCAACGGCUGGUGGAAGUCCAGGUUCAAUACAAACUCCGAUUGCCAAGUCUGAAAUAGAGAAACUGCCAUUUGGUAGCUUCGUUAAUGAACAUGAUGGGGUUGUCAUUGAUGUUGCUUCUGCUGGCACGAGAGCAGCCCAAUCCGGUUUAGGAGCUACAAGAGCUACAUAUGGAUCAAUGGAUUCUAAGGUAGGGGACGCAGCCUUCAGAGGUACAAGCCAGGUUCAAGUAACGAACCCGAUUUUGGAUUACAACCCCGACCUAUCAGCUUUCAAUACGCCGAAGAAACCUAUGAGAUCUGAAAUUCAGGUUACACGUGACCGUGGGGCUAGUAUUAUUAAGUACCACAAUGAAAACAACGGCGAGCGUUACAGCUAUGGCUUUGAGACUGAUAAUGGAAUAAAAGCUGAGGAGAAUGGAGUAGCCAUCAAUGGUGUUCAAGCUGAAGGAGGUUUUUCCUAUGUGGGUGAUGAUGGGAAAGUGUACAGUGUCGUCUACACCGCUGAUGAAGGAGGAUACCGACCGAUGGGUAGCCACCUCCCGACUCCACCACCUAUUCCAGUGGAAAUAUUGAGGGCAUUGGAGCAGAAUAUGAGAGAUGAAGCAGCUGGUAUUUUUGAGGAUGGCUCAUACGAUGCACGAAAAUACAAUAAUAAUGAUUAUAAGCAAACUGAUUUCAAUAAUAAAUAUGAUGACAGACAAACAUACAUGUUUAAUGCUCAACCUGGUCUCGUAGCUAAUAUGAAUGGAGGAUUCAUGAAUAACAACCCAGCAGCUGCUGUCAGACCUAAUCCACCAGCAUUGUUUGGUACACAAACUGAAUCCUCGAAAUUUGGUGCUGUGAAUAAAUUCGGAGCAGAUUUAAAUAAAGGAAGUGGUUUUGGACAAAACCAGAUGAACAUAAAUGCUCAACUUGGCUCAAAAAAUGAAUAUUCACAGAAGCAGAAUGCCCAAAAUUCAAUUUCUUCUAAUUUUGACUCCUCGUCUACGAGCAUGAACGGCAGUAGCAGUUUUAGUCCCGUAAAGCCUCUUUCACAGCAAGCACUUCAGGAAACAAUGAAUUUAGGACAAGGUCAACUAGAUAGUUCAAGGCCAAGUUCUUACGAUACUUCGAUAUCAUCAGUGAUAUCUGAGAAGGUAUCUUCAGAAAAUAAACAACAAAUUAAUCAAAAUUUAGGAACAAGUUUCUCGAUAGAAAGUAAUCAAAACAAACCAAGCAACAACGAUCAAUCAUUUUUGGCACCGAUGCAAAGAUUACCAACAUAUAAUAUCAAUAAAAAUACUAGUCCACAAUAUAUGCAAUCAACGCAACAAAGUAACGAACAGAUAAUUUCUGGAACUACUUUGGGUUCAAACGGUUUUAACAACCAGUUCGCACAAACCACUCGUCUACCUCAAGGUUCUUUACAAUCUUCUAUUUCAACUCCUUCUCGUCUAGGAAAUAUUCUACCGUCAAGUGACACAAUUAAUGCAGGUAAUUUAUUGAUUUCGUCGAAGCCUAUUAUUUCUGCAAAAGAACCUGAAAGAACUUUAACAACUCCUUUGGAGUCAAUUUCAACAGAAACCGACAAUAAAGACUCAAGUUUAAGUUUUACUCAAGCACAAUACACAGGCUCAACUUUUGCAAACACGCCUGACACGACAAACACGGACUUCACUUCCGAACUCAGUGUCAAACCCUUUUCUCAAACACAAAAUAUUAAUUCUAAAACAACACCAUCCCAAUUCACGUCAACGAGCAGUAACAAAAAUGACGUAAAAGUAACAAAUUCUUUUCAACUGUCGUCAGAAAAUUUUAGUACACAAAGUCAAAACUAUGAUUCCAAUACUAAUAAGUUUGAAAGCAUCCCACCAAUGACUUCGACUAGACCUAACAAUAUUGACUUCUCUCAGAGCACUAAAACCCCAAGUUCCACUCAAUUUAAUCAGCAAUCACAAGUCUCAACCAGUUCUUAUAAUACCAAUCAACCGUCAAAGCCUUCAAACUCAGCGUUCUUCCCACCAGAAAGAAAUUCUCAAAAGUUUCCAACUACCGUUUCUUAUCAAUUUAAUAAGGAAGCUACCGCCACCGAUUUUAAAACUGACAGCAGUAAAGAAAUGACAUCGACAACCUUUAGUGACAUUACAAAUAGAUUCAAUACCAAUAAAUAUUACACUCCCUCCGCACCAACUACAGUAUUUGAAAAUAAAGGUCAACUACCCACAAAUGGUAUAACUCAAGCUUCUAUAUCGUCUUUCCCAUCGAUAUCUCCCUCUUUGUCAAAUUUCGAAUCUUCGAGUAAAUUUUCAUCUACUCCCACCGUACAGCAAAAUACACAAAACUAUUACAGACCUAUACAGUCUUUAAAACCGACUAAAUUGACGACAACUACAGUAUCAGAAUCAUCUUCCACAUUUGAGAAUAGAAUGGAAGAAAAUAACUCACAGACCCAACAGUAUACUACAAAUAUUUAUGAGUAUAAUAAGCCAACACAGUCACUGGGAUCUCGCAAUGAACAAAUGGUAAAUCAGCAAGACAGUCAGUUAACCACUCAGUUUGGGAUGACAACACAGCUUAAUGUACAAGAAAAUGAUUCGUCAAAACGGAAAGAACAAAUUUCAUUUGAAGAUGCAACUCAAAAUGAAGACUUCGACAAAAAAAACUACGUCAUCAUUAUUCCAACAAACAACUCUUGA